AUGGCCGUUCUUGUGUUCCUGGUAACUAGCACAGCCAGAUUUUGGGUAUAUUGUGCAAUAUCUUCCUGGAGAAAACCAUGGCUGAUUUUUAUCCCCUUCAGACAGUUGAUUUGCAGGAUACUGUGCUUACAUGUUACACAACAUUGGUGUUUUCAGACUGACGUUCCUUUGUAUUUCCCCUCCCCCUCACAGCUGCAGAGUAUAGCAGAAAAAGACAAUAAUUUGGUCCCUAUAGGAAAACCUGCCUCGGAGCAUUACGAUGAGGAGGAGGAGGAGGAUGACGAAGAUGACGAAGACAGCGAAGAGGAUUCUGAGGAUGACGAGGACAUGCAGGACAUGGACGAGAUGAACGAUUACAACGAGUCCCCGGAUGACGGGGAGAUCAAUGAGGUGGACAUGGAAGGAGCUGAGCAAGACCAAGACCAGUGGAUGAUCUGACCCAGCAGCAGCUUGACCAGGUUAAAGGCUGCUGGCAUCCGCUGGAGCUGAAGGAGGGUGGUAGAGCCCUCCGUCUGGCUCGGCGUGGCCAGUGGGCGUCAUGGGCCGGCUCGGUCAGCGCAGGGUCUGAUGGACAGCAGCACAUAGGGAAGGGCCCCCUCUGCCGUCCGUCUCAUGGUGAUUUUAUGAACGGUGCACGGAACAGAAUCUGAUUGAGCUUCGGGCCCCGCAAGGGAGCCGGCUGGAGAGACGCUUUUGUCACAGUGCCUACGCAUGUUGCUGCCUGUGCCAGGGCAGCUCCUGUUGCCCACCCGCUCUGCAUGGGAUCACGGGCGGCCGGUGUGGGAUGGAGUGGCUGGGGCUGGCUUUGUGCGUCUCCGGCUCUCUCAGAAAUGUGGGGGUUUCCCAAUAAAUAACACAUAGAAACAAUUCUUUGAGGCUUUUUAUUAAUAGUAUUCCAGUAGCGCCUUGCAGCCCACUCGAGAUCAAGGCCCCAGCGUGCUGGGUGUGCGGUACGUUUACCUGGCAAGAGGCAGUCUGUGCGUCACAUAAACGGGCAUCUCCCUAGCGUAGAGCCAGUGACCCGGGAACGGGUCUCAGAUCACCUAAUGGAAAGCAGCUGGGAUGCUCCCCCGUCAUUUCAUUCCCAUGGUGACCCAUCAGAGAGCACUUGACAAACCUGAAUGUAAUGUCAGACUGCUCAGACCUGUCGUGCUGGGCCCAGGAAAUCCCCAGGCCAGGCAGCUUAGCUCAGCUGGGCCAUGGCUUUGUUACAGUCCAAGGAGCAGACAAAACCUGCAUGUUUCUCGUGGGUUGGUUCACAUGGCCGCGUCUGCUCAGCACAUUGCAGUCAGGAUGCCCUAACACAGGGGUCUCCAACCUUCUUACACCCAAGGUCACUUUUUAAAUGUCAGGGG